AGGGGGUAUAAAGAGGGCUAUUCGCACCCGCACCAGCACUGUCGUUUUGCGGUGAUAUCGAAAUGACAUAAUUACCCCUCCAUCUGCUAGUUCUUACACUUACCCCGCCAACACCGAACCUGACAGCAAUGGCAGCGCCAAACACGACCGCUGGGGAGACAGAAAAAAAGAUGGCCAUGGACUCAGAGUCAGGAAUCGUGAUUAGGCCCUUCAAUCCCGCGCCAGACUCGUGGGACGAAGUAGCCGUCUCGCGCAUCUGCGAAAUCACGGCCCCCCCAAACCUACGCGCCAUCCUCGCCCCCGCGCCAUCAGCACCACUGGCGCCUUAUUUAUGGGCGCUGCCGUAUGUACGGUUAGAGCCUGGGACAUGUUUCGUGCUCGAUGCCUCUGCCUCCACUGGCAACGCAGAUGGAGAUGUAACGGGCACGUCUAGUCUCGUACCAGCGUCCUGCGUGGGCUACAUCCUCUGCGCCCCCUCCACCCCCUCCUUCGUCGCCGCAUACGAAGAAACCUACCUCCUCACCCUCUCCCCUUGGUGGGCUGCGCCCCCUCCACCCUCGCUGCCAUGGGAGGGAGCCACGCUUGGGGGAGGGAUGUUACAAGCUCUCCACAACCCCUCGUCAAUGCUGCAUUCCGAUUUCCCCGAACUGGUAGAGGAGUACCCAGCGCACCUCCACAUCGAUAUUCUCCCCGCCUUCCAAUCUAAGGGGUUGGGGGCGAAGAUGAUAGAGAGGCUUGAAACAGAGUUGAGGGGGAGGGGGUGUGGGGUGUGCAUUUGGUGA